UGCUUUGACAGUUGCCCACUUGACAAACAUCAGAUGUGCGAAGGGAAACAAUCCCGGAAAGGAGGCGUGAAAACAAACCUGAUUGUACUCAUUGCGUUCGGUUUUAAUAAUCGCAGAAAGCUUUCAUAAGUUCUAUAAUACCAAAAUAAAACGAUGGCUGCAGAGUGGGUGUGUGUACAGCGUCAACAGGAAGAGUGCCGCCGUUAUCUUGAUCAGUUCAAAGUUCUAGAUCAUCCACUGAAACAAUCGACCAUUACGGUUCUGGAAAGCCGUGGAACUCGAAGCAAGGUUACGACGGCAGCGAACGGAAUCUCGCUGAGCAGUAGUAAUUCGGCAGCAAUGUCUGCCGCAGCAUUGUCGCUCGAUCCGCUGAACAUAGCUUUCGAUGGAUCGGAUCCAUUGAGUCAAUUUGCCAAGCAGCAGGCAACGUCUUUGGGCAAAGAUCCACUCUCACGGAUGGUGGCCGAAAUGGAGAAUAUAGAUGCGGUUGCAGCGAAACCGAACCCGCUAGGAGGACUCCGGAGGAUCUCCGGGGGGAAAGCGAAGGAGCCCACCAAUUUGCUGGAACUGGAUCUCAUCGAACCGUGGGCCGCACGCCGGGGCGCUAUUUUGAACAAAUACACCACCUCGGAGAAGCUGUCGAUUGUGACCAGUUUUCUAACCGGUGGUGAAACCAUCAAACCGCAGACGACAAUGUCGGAGAAGGUCAAAUAUCGAUUGGAGCAGCUGGAUGACUUUGAUGAAGGUUCCGUACGGCAGAUGCUUGAUCUGUCGCAGCAGGAGUACGUCGUUAAGAUCGAGCAGCUAAACCACGAGCUAGUGCAAGCGUGGAAUCAGGACCAGCGCGUGAAAGCGCUCAAAAUUGCGAUCCAAUGCUCGAAGCUCCUGUCCGACACGUCCGUCAUCCAGUUCUACCCGUCGAAGUUUGUCCUCAUCACCGACAUUCUCGACAUUUUCGGUCGGCUCGUGUAUGAGCGGUUGCGCACCAAGGCCGACUACGUACAUCCGGGUACGCGCGAAAUGACAUCCCUGCCGGAAAGCUUUACCCCCGAAAUGGUUCCCGAAUCGGCGAAGGAAACGUGCCAAAAUUGGUUCUACAAAAUCGCCUCCAUUCGAGAGCUGCUGCCACGGCUCUACGUUGAGAUAGCUAUUUUGCGCUGUUACAGCUUUCUGGCACAGGACGAAUUCGGACUAGCGUUACGCAGACUCACAAAAAUGAUCCGCGGCAUUGGUGAUCCGCUAGUCGCGAUCUACGCUCGGUGUUACCUAUGCCGGGUAGGCAUGGGUUUGACGCUCGAUCGGACAUACAUCGGCGAAAAUUUGGACGACAUCCUAACGGUUUACCACACCAUCUAUAAUGGUGGCAUUCGGUCGGAAAUUGCCCGCCAUCGCAUCACACUAACCGGGUACAUUGCGCUGUAUCUGCCGGCGCUGGAUUGGAUCUUGCAAGGUGUCGCCAUUCUGACGACAGACAACCAACUGGACGAUAUUUUGCAGCGCUGCAAGGAAAAGAAAAAUCCUGCCCUGCUGCUACAAUCGAUGAUGCAAUCGUUCCGUUCGGAUUUCAUCGCUUCCCGUGCGACACAUUUCGUGCAAAUUCUUUCCUCCAUCUCAGUGGAAGGCCUUUCGAGGGGACAGCUGUUUCGAUUGCUUGGCAGCAUCCUUAGCCACACACCACCGCCCACUGAGCAACGGGUAGCAGUGCUAACGAGCGCCAUGAAAACGAUCAGCUCGUUGGGCAAUGUUGAGGAAUUCAUGCAGUGUGCGGAAAUGUGGGCACAGUAUACUAGUCAACAUUUCGGGCUCAAAGAAGUCGACGCCUUCCUGGGCAAUGUGCUCCAACAGAUGACACCGAACCGGCUGUACGAACAACACUAUCACGAACUGCAGGUCAUUGUGGAUAAAAUCGUUUCGAACGCACAAGACGUACACGGCAUACUGGCACUGGACAAUUUUCUACCCUUGCUAGACCUGUUUCAAAAGGAGAGUGUUAAGCUGGAGGUGUGUAAAAAUGUCCUUACCAGCUACCGGAAUGCAACUAGCUGUGAUAAUGCAAUCAUUAACGAUCCGAUUGUCACCAAUGCCCUCAUGCACAUCGCCCGGGUGUUGAAUGAUUCCGUCAAUGCCCUUACUGGGGAAGAUGAACGUCGACAAAUCAGCGGCCUAAUAUGUCACUUCAUCGCAAAGGUAGAUUUUGGACGUGACUUUGAACAGCAACUUGCGUUUUACGUCGAGGCACGGUCCGUUCUGUCCAACCUUGAUUCGGCUCUUUCCACGCUCAUACACUCGGUCAACCGGUUAGCGACGAGUACGCGACGCAUCGUGAAAGGCCAGCAUACACAAAAGACGGCCGCAUUUGUAAAGGCCUGCACGGCUUACUGCUUCAUUACGAUUCCAUCAAUUAUUGAUGUACGUACGCGCAUGGAGCUGUACCUGCAGUCCGGACAGGUGGCACUGUUAAACGUGUGCCUUCAGCAUGCCGAUUCGUGCUUCGAAGCCGCCCUCAAUCUAAUCCCCGAAGUACCGCGGAUGGUGGAAAGCGAUGGCAAAGUACAGUCGACGGAAGGAUUCAUCAAAACGUUUGUCGUCAAUUUUCUGUCCACUCUCGUAAUAGUGCCGGAUAAUCCCACCCAGGGAGUGCUGUACCUGUUGCGCCUUCUGCUCGAAGUCAUGCCAAGGUAUCCGUUUGAGACGAACUCGAACAUGCUUUCCAGCAUCUAUUUGCACGUGCUGGACUUUCUGUCCGUUGCGGCACAGGAAGUGUACCCGUAUCAUAUCGUGAAUGUCAUCUCUAACGACGAACUGUACGGCUCCGAUCCGAAAUUUAUCGCCGAAGUGAACGAAAUGUGUUGCACAGUGUGCGAUAAACUGCUGCAGCAUCUGAAAGCCCUGCUGGAAUCGAACGCACUGCGAGCACAAGCGCAACUAGCUCUGGAUCUGUUUCUCAAGAUCAUUACCGGCGCCGAUCUGUCGGUGGACAAAAUGUUCACUCUGACGGUUAAUCUAUGGAAUUUGGCUGUAAAGAACCGGAACGUUAUCGAACCGAAGCAAUUGCAAACUGUCGUCACGUACACGGAGCAUUUGGCACAGAUCACACAAAUGGAAUCCCAACGACAGUGCCUGUGGAUGCUGUUGGAGAAAAUGAAAUCUCGGAUAUAAAUAAUAGCAGACUUUCACUACUCUAUGGACGUCGAUGUAGCUUUAAGACACAACGUAAUUAUCCAUUCCCGUGUUUAUGUGAACAUUUCGAAACCAUUUCAUGUUCAACUUAUCCUUAAAUAAAGUACUGCAUAUAUUUAUUUUUAA